AACCUGCUCUUUGGGUUGAGGAACCACCAGCAUAUAUUGUACCAAGGGCUAGUGGAUGAUGUAACAAUUUUUUGAUCUAAUAAAGUUACCGAAGUUUCAAAAAAGGGGACUCGCAGGACGCCACGGCAGGAACUCCCACCACGCGAAUCUCGCAGUCUAGAUCUUCUCGACCAGUUGACCUAGAUGGGACGACGAGGCAAGCCUCCUCGUUCGACGGCGGCCAAGUACGCGGCGGUGUCAGUUGAAGGUAUUAGUGAGCUAUCCAUCGGCCGUCACCGUUUGCUCCAUAAAUCACCCACGCCCGGAGGAAAAAGAUCAACCUUGAUCUCGAGGAAGCGACAGCGAAGCCAAUCUCCUCGUCCGGCGGCGGCGGCGGCGAUUGCCGGUAUUAGGUUCGGCCGUUUCGGAAUAUCACCAAGGAGGAGAUCGACCUCGAGGAAGCGACUACCCAAGGGUGAGGGGUCAAUCGUGUCAGGGCCCGCCAAUCUCUGCUCCUCACAGUUCGCCGCCGGUAUAGGUGGUGCUAUUAUUAGUACUAAAAUUUUGACAUUGAGACAUAUGGAAGACGACAUUGAGAAAGCAGGCAGUGCCAAGAAGCAAAAAACAGUAUCCGAGAAGGUCGUGCCUGUGAAGAAUGAUCUUAAAGUCAAGAAGAAGCUCCCUCUAAAGAAGGUCGAGAGCAGCCGGUCUGAUGAGUAUUCUUCUGAAUCUGAGGACGAGGUGAUGGUCCAACAGAAGAAGGCUGCUCGGUCCUCUAAACAGGAGUCCAGCUCUGAUAGCAGCGAUGAGAGCAGUUCUGAUGACGAACCUGCAAAAAAGCCUGCUGCAGCAUCAAAAAAACCUGCUGCACUUGCUAGCAAUGGUUCAAAAAAUGACAAGUCUGAUAGCUGUUCUGAUGAGCAUGACGACGUGAUGUUCCAACCGAAGAAGGCUGCACAAUCUGCUAAGCAGGAGUCUCACCACUCUGAUAAUAGUGGCGAGAGCAGCUCGGGCAAGGAACUUGCAAAAAAGUCUGCUGCCGCGUCAAAGAAACUUGCUGCACUUGCUAACAAUGCUUCAAAGAGUAUGAAAUUGGAUAGCAGCAGCUCUGAUAUUGGUGAUGGUGCUGAUGAUUCCAAGGAUGAUUCUGAUCAUAGUGCUGAUGAGAGUGAUGAAGAGCCUCCACAAAAGAAGCAUAAUGGUUCAUCUUCUGGUGCUGCCAAGCCAGCCUCUAAGGUUGCCAAGAAAGAAAGCGGUGAUGAUGAUGACAGUUCUGAAGAGAGCUCGGGCAGUGAUGAGGAAAAUGAUCGACAGGUGUCAGUGGCAAACUCCAAGAAGAAUGAACCAAAAACUGCUGCCAGCAGUAGUCAUCAAGCUACUACUAGGUCAAGGACCCUUAUUGUUGCGAAUCUGUCAUACAGUGUCAAGAAUGAACAAGUGAAGCAAUUUUUUGAGGAGGCGGGUGAGGUUAUUGAUAUUCGUUUUGCUACCUCUGAUGAUGGGAGCUUCAAGGGUUCCACACAUGUUGAAUUUGCUACAACUGAAGCUGCUGAAAAGGCAUACAAAUUGAAUGGGCGUGAUUUGGCGGGGAGGCCUGUCAGGCUUGAUUUUGCUUGUGAGCGAGGCACGAUUACUCCUGGCAGCAGGAGGGACAAUAGUUCUUUCAAGAAGCCUGGUCAAAGCUCUAGCUAUGCUGCCUUUAUCAGAGGAUUUGAUUCAUCUCUUGGGGAGGAUGAGAACCGAAGGUCACUUCAACAGCAUCUAAGCUCAUGUGGAGAGAUUACAAGAGUUUCAAUCGCAAAGGAUUAUGAUACUUGCGCAAGCAAAGGGAUAGCGGACAUGGAAUUUAUUGACAAGAGUUCUUUGCCCAAAGCGCUCGAGCUGACCGGAUCUGACCUUGGAGGCUGCAGCUUGUCGGUUGAUGAAGCCAAGCCUAGUCCAGAUAACAGAGAUGGUGCCGAUAGUGACAGGGGCUGCGGUCAGAGUGGUGCACCUCCCAGGCAGAGUGCUGGCACACUUAGUGCAGAGUGCUGGCACACCUAGUGCGGUCCUGGGCACGCGACAUCCAAGGCAACCUCGGCCUCCACGAGAUUGGUCAGUAUCUGCAGCUCUGGCAGAUCAUGCAGCGCGCCGAGCUCUCCACCACACCGGACAGGUUGAUCUGGAGAUGGACGGUGAGCGGCACCUAUUCCGCACAGUCCUGUUACACGGCCACCUUCCAUGGAUCAACGGGAUGCCACUCCUGGAAGCUAAUCUGGAAGUGUUGGGCGCCGCCGCGAGUCAAGUUCUUCCACUGGUUAGCCAACC